AUGGGUGUGGUGAUGGGGAAGGAUGAGAAGGUGAAUAUCCCUCAUCAGUACAUGAAGUUGGCGAUGGAUUUGGAGAAGCUUCGGAAUUACCCAUGGGGUUUGCAUUCGUUUGAUUUCCUUCUGAAGCAAAUUGAUAAAACAAGGCAUAAAUUGGAGCAGAAAGAGGGGUAUCUGAUGGAAGGAUUCUUGUUUGGUUUCCAAAUUUGGAUAAUGGAAGCUGUUCCUGCUUUAGGAGAGAUUUGUGGCACAAAAGGGAUUUUGCAUUCAUUCAUGGAAUCCAACAUAGAUGGAGUGGUCCUUUUGGCAACUGAUUUUGUACAGAAGGAUGAGAAGAAAGAUGAAAGAGUAGAUCGCAUUUUGGAUAUGAUCAAUAGCAAACAUGAUUGGAACAAUCAUGUUUGGGGAGUAAAAGAAGUUACGAACUCUGAAUUUGAGGAAUCUGGCGAAGAGAAAGGAGAGGAUCAAACAGCUGAUACUGAGAGAGGUGAAAAUAGUCAUGUUGCAGGGAAUGUUGAUGGCACAUCUGAUGUUUCGGGAAGAAACAAGAGAAAGCAUGCAGACCGAGGAGCAAAGUCAAGGAAGAAGAAUGUUUUGUGCCACCUAGCUGCUUCAUCAAAAGGGAAUAUUGACACAGAUAUGAAAAACUUCUUGGAGGAUCUGGUACAAGCUUCUUUUACUACUUUUGGGGAGAAAUUCUGUCAGCAGUUCUCGGACAGGUUGGGAAAGAUUGAGACUGAGGUUACACAACUCAGGACAGCUUCGGAGAGAACUGAGCAAUUUGAGACAGGUGUAACCGACAGAUUGGGAAAAAUUGAGGCUGAGGUUACACAGCUCAGGACAACUUUAGUGGUGACUGAAUUGGUGGGAAAGAGUGAUCAAGCAAGCGGUCCUAGCAUGACCAAAAUCAACAGUGGUCCUAGCACCAGCAAAAAAGGCACUGCUCCAUCAAAGAAAAAGGCAAUAAAAAACCAAGAGUUAAAGACUGCUGAUUCGUGUGUCAAUUUACCUCGUGCAAAAGUUACUCAAUCAUCAGCCAGUGAUCUUCGUAUGGGUACACAAGAGUUUUUGGAAAGUUGCAUGAAGAACCUUCCAUUAGACACAUUUGUGAAAGGUUUGAAUCCUUCUCAAGCUAAAGUCGAAGAUUCAUUGGAUUGGUUGGAACUUCCAAAAUCAUUGAAGAAGCCAACAGAUUCAUUGGACCUUCUAAAAUCAUUGAAGAAGCCAGCGGUCCGAUUAGAUGACCGAGAUAUAGAGCUAGACGGCGAAGAUUUCCCUGAUCGCUGCUUGGUAGCUAUACAGAUUGGUCCUUCUAUGUUAGACGAUGAUCUAGCCGGACGUAUUAUGUCUGCCAGCAGUUGGCUUAAAAACUACGAAAUUGAUGCUAUAAUGUAUGUUUUUCGGGAAAGGACAACAUUGAAACGAUGGAACGUAGACCGUGUUGCUUUCAUGACAUGCGUCUUCAGCGACCUCAUUGCUAAGGAUUACCAGAAUUUCUGUAAGGGUAUUAAGAAAUACACCAUGGAUCCAUUAUUACUUCAAUACGGUAAAGGUGAACUGCCUUCCCAUGGAAGAACACGGAUGUUGUGGAAUGUCGAUGUGGAUCGGAUGUACGUUCCUGUCUGGGUCAAUUGCAACCAUUGGAUUGCUUUAUGCAUCAGUUUUGUGACUAGGAAUAUCCAGGUGUUUGAUUGCGGGGGUAAAAAAAAAAUCAAGGAAGUGGAAGCUUUCGCGCAGCUUAUUCCUCGGAUUGUCAAGGCUGUGCAGUCAUUGACAAUACAGAAGCAUCUCCACAUCACUCCGUACAAUGUUUCCUAUGUACCUAUGAGUGGUCUUAACCGACUUCAAUGUCAUUGUGGUGUGUACACUAUAAAACACAUCGAAUGCCACGUGCUUGGGUUGGACAUAUCUAUGGUGAGUGAUGAGAACAUCUGGGGAGCUCGGAUAAAGAUUUUGUGGGAUCUAUGGGAAGCAGCUAAUGAUCUAGAACUGAUUGAGAGAAUGUCAAAGUAUGAGCCUAUUAAGUGUAGUAAGCCUGCCGAGUAUGUUGAGAUUGAUGAUUUAUGA